AAGUCAUUUUCUCCCCCAUAAAGAAAGAAACGUCUCCUCCAAAACUCUACUCCUCUCUCAAAAGAGAUCUCGGAUCUUCGUCGUCUUCGAUCAAUGGCGGGAACUCGCGAGGAGAACGUGUACAUGGCGAAACUCGCCGAGCAAGCAGAGCGCUACGAGGAGAUGGUCGAAUUCAUGGAGAAAGUAACCGCCUCCGUCCCCGCCGGCGAGGAGCUCACCGUCGAGGAGCGCAACCUGCUCUCCGUCGCCUACAAGAACGUCAUCGGAGCUCGCCGAGCCUCGUGGAGGAUCGUGUCCUCGAUCGAGCAGAAGGAGGAGAGCCGAGGCAACGAGGACCACGUGGCGGCCAUCAAGGACUACAGAUCUAAGAUCGAGUCGGAGCUCAACUCGAUCUGCGAUGGGAUCUUGAAGCUUCUCGAUUCGCAUCUGGUGCCUUCGGCGUCUGCGAGCGAUUCGAAGGUGUUUUACUUGAAGAUGAAGGGCGAUUAUCACCGGUACUUGGCGGAGUUUAAGAUCGGAUCGGAUCGAAAGGAUGCGGCUGAGAGCACGCUUUCAGCUUACAAGGCUGCUCAGGACAUUGCGGUUGCGGAGUUGGCCCCAACACACCCGAUCCGUUUGGGAUUGGCACUCAACUUCUCGGUGUUCUACUACGAGAUCCUCAACUCACCUGACAGGGCUUGCGCUUUGGCCAAACAGGCAUUUGAUGAAGCAAUUGCGGAGCUGGACACUCUUGGAGAAGAAUCCUACAAGGAUAGCACCCUCAUAAUGCAGCUCCUUAGAGACAACCUCACCCUUUGGACUUCAGAUAUGCAGGAUGAUGGAGCUGACGAGAUCAAGGAAGCACCCAAGGGCGAGGAUGAUCAGAAGUAGUAGCUGACCGGGGGCUUUGUUUCCUAAUUAAUUAAGACCUUCAACUGUGGAGAGAUGAAUUCGGAUAUUUGCUGGCCUACCUCUAUGAUUUGCUGAGGGUUUCCAUUUUCCCCUCUCAAUUGAUCUGGCAUUCGAAGCUCCAUGUUUCGUUGUGGUUUUAGUAACAUUUGGAUCCUGUGCCCUUUUGUUAUAUCCUUGUCGUUCAAAGUUAACUGUCUUUUUUUUUUAAUCUUUUUUUCCAUCUGUAGAACUGCAGUUGUGUGUGCAUUCGACAAUUAUUGAUCUGAUAACAUAAUUGUCUCUCAAAAGCUUUGAGUUA